UCUGCAGAAAUGGGCAAGUUUAUGAAACCCGGGAAGGUGGUACUGGUCCUGGCCGGACGCUACUCCGGACGUAAAGCCGUCAUCGUAAAGAACAUUGAUGACGGCACCUCAGACCGCCCCUACAGCCAUGCUUUGGUGGCUGGAAUUGACCGCUAUCCCCGUAAAGUGACAGCUGCCAUGGGCAAGAAGAAAAUUGCCAAGAGAUCGAAGAUCAAGUCUUUUGUGAAAGUUUAUAACUAUAAUCACCUUAUGCCCACAAGGUACUCUGUGGACAUCCCCUUGGAUAAAACUGUUGUCAACAAGGAUGUCUUCAGAGACCCUGCUCUUAAACGAAAGGCCCGUCGGGAGGCCAAGGUCAAAUUUGAGGAGAGGUACAAGACAGGCAAAAACAAGUGGUUCUUCCAGAAGCUGCGGUUUUAGAUCUUUUUUUGUUUCAAUCAUUAAAAAU